UGAAAACCCCUGGACGAUCCCGAAUAUAUUGUCAAUGGCAAGAAUGGGUUUGGCGCCGGUGUUAGGCUAUUUAAUUGUUGAAGAAAAUUUCAAUGUUGCACUAGGUGUCUUCGUUUUGGCUGGCGUGACAGAUUUGUUGGAUGGAUUUAUUGCACGAAACUGGGCUAAUCAGAAAUCAGCUUUGGGAAGUGCUCUUGAUCCUCUGGCUGACAAAAUUCUCAUCAGCGUGCUCUAUGUGAGCCUAACUUGUGCAAAUCUUAUCCCAGUGCCCCUUACCUCCAUGAUCAUUCUGAGGGACGUGGCACUCAUUGCUGCUGUUUUCUACGUGCGAUACAAAACUCUCUCUCCACCGAGAACACUCAGUAGGUAUUUUAACCCUUGUUAUGCUACUGCCCAAUUAAAACCAACAUUCAUUAGCAAGAUGAAUACAGCAGUUCAGCUAAUUUUGGUGGCAGCUUCUUUAGCAGCUCCUGUUUUCAAUUAUGUGGACAGCAUCUAUCUGCAGACAUUAUGGUGCAUCACAGCUUUGACCACAGCAACGUCUGCGUACAGCUAUUACCACUACGGCCGAAAAACGGUUCAGGUGAUAAAUAACAAAUGAAGUGCUCCCGGAGGGACUGGGCCGUGGCAGCAGGGUGUGCUGUGCUGCUGAAGGUGCUUGGAUUGCAACUUGGGUUUUGGAUCAAGAACUCUCUUUUCUUCCCCCCCCUCUCGUAAACCAUAGCAUCGCAAUGAAGUGAAGUUUGAAACGUGUACUGUGUAUAUAGAGAGAGACUUUUCAAUGUAUUUUUAAUUUGUUUAAAAAUGAGGUUCUUUAUAAAAACAAAUAAAUAAUAUUCUU